AUGGAGUCACCAAUGGAGUUUUGGGGUGUUGAGGUUAAGGUUGGGCAAACUGUGAAGGUUGAUCCAAUGGAUCCAGUUGGGGCAUAUAUUCACAUUUCUCAGGUUGCCCUUGGAGAGUCGAAAAAGGAGAAGGCAAAUGAACCUGUAGUUCUGUACUUGAAAGUUGGUGACAAGAAGAUUGUGCUAGGAACCCUUAAAAGGGAUGACAUUCCUCACCUUUCGUUGGAUUUAGUUUUGGACUCUGACUCUGAGCUUUCUCACAGUUCUAAAAGUGCUACUGUCUUCUUUUGUGGAUACAAAGUUCUAACUGACGAGGGUAACAUGUCCGAUUUUUCUGAUAGUGAAGAAGAAGAGGAUGAACCUGUGUUGAAUGCUAAAGAAAAUGGGAAACCUGAAAUAAAAGCUGAAGAUGCGAAGGUUACCAAGCCCUCUAAACCUGUUUCUGUGACAGCUGCGUCAGCAAAACUAGUUAAGACUGAACCAACGAAAGAAGAGGAAGAUGAUUCUGAUUCUGACGAAUCUGAUGAUGAGAUUGGUGGUGAUGAUGAAUCUGGAAGUUCUGAUGAGAUGGAUGAAGAUAGUGACGGUGAUGAGGAGAGUGAUGAAGAACAUGAAGAGACCCCUGUGAAGAAGGUGGUUCAGGGCAAGAAGAGACCAAAUGAGUCUGCAUCAAAAACUCCUGUUUCUUCCAAGAAAUCUAAAACUGCUACUCCUGAAAAGACCGGCUGGGCAAAUUGGGGGUUUCCUAUUACAUGCUCAAAUGUUAAGAAAAAUGUACAUGUAGCAACUCCAUAUCCUACGAAGAAAGUUGGAAAAACUCCCAAUAAUGCUACUAAGGGCCAAUCUCCCAAAUCUACUGGACAACUAACUUGCGGAAGUUGUAAAAAGUCUUUCAUUAACGAAGCUGGUCUGCAACAACAUAAGAAGGCUAAGCAUGGUGGUCAGUGA